ACUGCAGGUGUGGAUAACGGGGGAAAAAACGAAGUUUGGCUAUAUCUCAUAUUAUAAAACCUACCCUGAGUUAACUUAAUUAAAUGUAUUACUGGUGGCCGAACGCUCAAAUGGUUUUGUUAAGUGAUUUAAAAUACAUUUUGGUGUUUUGAAACAAAGCGGCAAGUACAGUUUGAACAAGUGAAACUUGUUCUCACAUACGCCCUGUCUCACCUUUGUACAUAACUUGGCUCUUGGUAUCUGAAAUAAAACUUUCAGAGGCGACCUUGUUUGACGUUUUAUGUGGUCUGUGCUCUUGCUCCUGUGAUGUCCGACUGUAAUAUCGUCUGUCUGCACAGCAAGAAUCAUAAUAGUUUUUUGCUCCAAAGUUGCGAGUGUUCUGGUGAUGAAGCUCAUGACAGGAGGCUACAAAGAAGGGAGAAGAACAGGUUGGCCGCGCAAAAGAGCCGUAAAAGACAGGUGGAAAGAGCAGAUGAGCUGCAUGAGGCAUAUGAAUGUCAUGAGCAGAAGAACAGGUGGCUGAAGAAGGAGGUGAAGUUUCUGAUCGAGGAGCAGCGCCGUCUGACGGAGGUACUCAAGGCCCAUGAGCCUCUCUGUCCCCAAGUGGGUCUAUCUAAGAUGGCGUUGUCCUCAGAGAUGUAUGGGUCCCCUGUCUGCUCAGAUAGCCACUGUAUCACACCACAGAGACCAACAUGCAAACAUAGUUAACAGGUUAGGCUAUGAAUUCUUCUGUCCUUAUUCCCUGUCUCAAUUAUUUUUUACACUGCUUGAAUCAAGUUAUAAUCAAACCACUGUAGGCUGACAUAAUGAGCCUUGCUUCAGAUGUUCAAAUUGCUUGCCGGGUUUAAAUGUUUUGUACAAUAUUACCUGCUUAUUCUAAUCUAUGUGGUUGCUGAACCUGUAAUCAUAUGUGUUUUGGUUAACCAAACUGGUUUACUGGUAUCUAGGUUUGGCUGUGUGGGAACUUCUCCUUUACAGAAACCAUAAACCAUGAAACUGUUAUUGGUUUUCUUAGACCUUAAUCUAAGCCUUUAAAGGUUUUUACUAAUGAAUUCAUGAAAAUAAUCUUUAAGUCAUAAAAUGAAAUAAUCAAAUCAUGUAACCAUUAUAUGUCAAAUGUUAAUUCUAGUUUAUAACAUUGUUUUAGACUGUAACCUAACCUCUCUCUCUUCCCUAUGAAGUAUGUUAACCAUGCAGUAACAUAAUUAAUAUGGUUACCAUUAAUAACAUCAUCACUAACUAUCUUCCCAUAAGGUCUAUUAAUGUUUAAAGCAUGCCAUUAUUAUUCAAUAAAUCAAUAAUGUUGUGGACU